UAAGAAUGGAAAACUUCUGGCCAGAAUCCACCAGAAAAUGGAGGAGAAGGAUGACAAAUCGGUAGCGAAACCUUUCACUCAUGUCCGGACUGAGGUUGACAUUCCCGACAAGAAUAUCCACAAAGUGUACGAGGAGGGACCCCGCAUAAACAACAAUAAUAAGAGGAAGUCGCCAUUUUCCCGAGCUGAAUAUGAUGAGAACAAUGUAGAGCCUAGGAGAUCAGGCUCCGGAGUGCAGUUUUCUCCCAUGGAUAUGGCUGAGUAUAUUUUCUGGGUUGGAGAUGAGAAAGGAGUCACCAUGGCUAUUGAGGACUUCCUACAGGAAGGAUACAUGACAAGAGAAGAAGCAAUUAAUUAUUUGGAAGAAAUCAAAUUCAUACUGAAUUACCUGCAGUCUCAUUAUGCUGAUCAAGUCCAGAAGGAAGGUGGCAGAACUAAUGAAAAUUUGUACAAUCCAAGACUUCAAAUGCAUGAAAAUUACAAUAAAUGGGCAGAAGUUCCGUUAAAAUUGAAUUCGAUUGUUCAAGACCACAUCUGACGCAAUUUUUCAAGCGAAUUUAUUAAUUUAUUAUGAAUAAUACAGAUGCCCCUGUAACAUUUUACACAAUUGAUGUAAUUACUUCUUGAAAUAAAUUCCUUGUAUCUCACCCAAAAAAA